GAAAGCCACUUGUGGCUCGGGACUGACCCACCGUUCUCAGUUCGAAAGUACCAGGGGUCGUAGGCAAUGAAUUUCCAGUCUCAUUUCGGGAAGGCGUACGCUUUGGCCAAGUCCCUUGGGAGGAGUUCUCCGUUCGAAGACUCCACAUCGAAUCAUAUGCUAAGGUCACCUUUUCUUCGCAAAUAAUCUUCCCCUGGUGCUAGCUGGCGAGCACUUUAGGCCCUGGUGCUUCUAUUUAGGUCGUAUUGCGGACAGAAAGAACACGAACUCCGUCGUCCCAGCUUUCCCGUGCGCUCGACCCCUCGAUUACCCGACCGCCAGAGCCCUCCCGCGUCCAACAGUUAACUAUACCACCCUCCCGCCCUUACGCCUAACACGGUUUCCACGGAAAAGAUCGCACUCCUACGUCACUAGGCAGUGAGAUCUGUUUGAUGCUGUGAACCGCCACUACAGUCAUUGAGAAACGCUGGGGGAUGGUUUUAGAGCCACUCGCGGCGCCGCGGAAUUUGUUCAAAGGAGGAGGAGGUUCACACGUCGAGGGGCUCGCAUAGCUUCCACAAUACCGCCAAGAUGGCUUCCACCGCCGCCGGCUUCCUUGGUCGCUCGAGUAGCAGCAACUCAAACAUGCGCGGACUGGUUCAGUUCAUUGCCGACUUGAGGAAUGCAAGGGCUCGCGAGCUGGAAGAGAAGCGGAUCAACAAAGAACUGGCAAACAUCAGGCAAAAAUUCAAAGAUGGAAAUCUCAACGGUUACCACAGGAAGAAAUAUGUUUGCAAGCUCCUCUAUAUCUAUAUUCUUGGCUGGAACGUCGACUUUGGCCACCUGGAGGCUGUCAACCUUAUAUCGGCCAACAAGUACUCGGAAAAGCAGAUUGGAUACCUCGCAAUGACUUUAUUCCUUCACGAGAAACACGAGCUACUCCAUCUGGUCGUCAACAGCAUACGGAAAGAUCUACUCGAUCACAAUGAGCUCUUCAACUGCUUGGCACUGCAUGCCAUUGCGAAUGUUGGUGGAAGAGAGAUGGGUGAGGCAUUGAGCAGCGAAGUACACAGGCUGUUAAUAUCACCGACAUCCAAAGCGUUUGUCAAAAAGAAAGCAGCUUUGACGCUCCUGAGGCUGUACCGCAAGCAUCCAGAUAUUGUGCAACCUCAAUGGGCCGAAAGGAUAAUAUCACUGAUGGAUGAUGUUGAUCUGGGCGUGGCACUUUCUGUGACAUCUUUGGUCGCCGCCCUUGCUCAAGACAAUCCUGAUCAGUACAAGGGAGCCUAUGUCAAGGCAGCUUCAAGACUGAAGAGGCUUGUCAUAGAUGGCGACUAUAAUGGCGAUUAUCUCUACUACAAGGUUCCCUGUCCAUGGAUUCAAGUCAAACUGCUGAGGUUACUUCAGUACUUCCCACCAUCAGAGGAUAGCCAUGUACGAGACCUCAUUCGGGAGUCUUUGCAAAAGAUCCUGAAUCUCGCUUUAGAAAGUUCCAAGAACGUCCAACAAAACAAUGCCCAAAACGCAGUCCUUUUCGAGGCCAUCAAUCUUAUCAUCCACCUUGAUACGGAGCAAGCUCUCAUGAAGCAAAUCUCAUCGAGGCUGGGGAGAUUCAUCCAGUCAAGAGAGACAAAUGUUCGUUAUCUUGGCUUGGAGGCCAUGACGCACUUGGCGGCUCGUGCCGAAACUCUCGAUCCAAUCAAACAGCAUCAAGACGUUAUUCUGGGCUCUUUGAAGGACCGCGAUAUCAGUGUGAGGAGAAAGGGUCUAGACCUUCUCUACAGCAUGUGCGAUUCGACAAACGCGCAGAUAAUAGUGGGAGAGCUACUUCACUAUCUGCAAAACGCGGACUUUGCCAUUCGGGAAGAAAUGGUAUUGAAGAUUGCAAUCUUGACCGAGAAACACGCCACAGACGUUCAGUGGUACGUUAACAUCUCACUGCGGCUGAUAGCAAUGGCUGGCGACCACGUCAGUGACGAGGUUUGGCAGCGUGUGAUCCAAAUUGUUACAAACAACGAAGAGCUCCAAGUAUACGCAUCGCAGACGUCACUGCAAUAUCUCCGACAGGACCACUGUCAUGAGACGCUUGUCAAGAUUGGGACAUAUAUCCUGGGCGAAUUUGGACAUCUCAUUGCCGAAGAACCUGGGUGCAGCCCCAUCGAGCAGUUUAUGGCCUUGGAAACAAAGCUGCACGCAUGCUCUUCUAGCACAAGAGCAAUGAUUCUGUCUUGCUUUGUCAAGUUUGUGAAUCUCUUCCCGGAGAUCAAGCCGCAGUUGACACAUGUCUUUGAUAUUUACAGCCACACACUUGACUCGGAGCUUCAGCAAAGGGCCUGUGAAUACCUCGCUUUGACGAGACUGCCAACUGAUGACCUACUCCGGACGGUCUGUGAUGAAAUGCCGCCUUUCCCAGAACGCCAAUCUGCUUUGCUGUCGCGACUACACCAGAAACACGCAAAUACUAGCGACAAGCGGACCUGGGUUGUCGGCGGCAAGGAUGCUAACGCAGAUGCCACAGAAUUAAGCAUGGCUAAAAAUCCCGGUUUGAGGAGGACUUUCACAAGCGCAUCAGCCAAUGGAAAUGGACAGGCCAACGGCGGAUCUAAUGGGCAGCCCAACGGAUCCUCAGACCUUCUUUCAGGUCUGGACAUGACAAAGACCACGCAGGCGACAAAGACACCCAAUCUCGCCAGCGCAGCACACCUGUCGCCCGGCUGGCAGAAGGGAUUCAACAAGCUCAUGCUCCGGCCGGACGGUGUGCUAUUCGAGGAUGGCCAGAUACAGGUCGGUGUUCGAUCCGAGUACAGGGGUGAGAUGGCGUGUCUCAUUCUUUACUUCAUGAACAAGACGCCGGCACUUGUGAGCUCCUUCACCACCACGCUCGAUCUGGACGAGAGUGAGAAAGAAAAUCUGUCGAUUGAUGUCAAAGGCUUGCCGGAUAGCAAUCUCAGUCACCAAGGCCAGUCACAGCAAGUCGUCAUGUUCCAAGCCAAGAGGGCAUUCGAGAAGAGCCCAACGAUUCGCAUCAGCUAUUUAGCAGGUGCACUCCAGGCCAUCACACUGAAGUUGCCUGUCGCUCUGCACAAGUUUAUGGAGCCGGCAGACUUGUCAGCUGAAGACUUCUUUAAGAGGUGGAAGCAGAUCGGAGGAGCCCCAAGAGAAGCACAACAGAUUGUCAAUCUCACGAGCACCAGCAGGGACCGUGAACUCACAGAGCCAUUCGUCCGCAAGGUCCUCGAGGGGUUUAGAUGGGGCAUUCUCCGCGGUGUUGACCCUAAUCAGAAGAACUUUGUCGGUGCCAGCGUGCUCCACACUACAGAUGGCGGCAAAUAUGGUUGCUUGCUGAGACUCGAACCCAAUUAUCAAUCACAGAUGGUUCGUGUUACAAUUCGGGCUACCGACGAGAGCGUACCAUCAGUGCUUCUCAAGCUCAUGGAGGAGCAGCUGUCCCAAGGUGUUUCUACAGUCCCUGAGGAACAUUCUGGGCCGAGAGCGUAUGAAAUCUCGGCGGCUUUUAGCAAUAUUAUGGUGAUGUCUGAUGCAGACAGGCUGCCGACAUAGGUUUCUGGGGGUAUUGUAUGUUGCAGUUCUCUGCCUUGGGCCUUGCGGCCAGAGCAUAACAAAGUCGCUAUAAUGUAUAAAGAUGCUCCUUCGUCAUACUGCUCUUGAAAUGGUGGUGGUUGAGUGGGUUUUCGAUCAAGCACACCAACAGAUGCGCCUUGUCCUGGUACUUUUUAUAAAGUUACAUAUUUUAAAAAUGC